AGCGAAAAAAGAGGAAUUGAGUGUAGAAGUGAACUCGGAAAUAUUAAAUGAUCAAUGAAUUCAAUGUCUUAAUUUUUAAAUAUGACUAUGAAUAAUGGCUAGAGAUUUUCAGGCAGGAGCACACGAUUCAGUGCUCAAUGUUAUUUCUCUUUCACCCAAUGACGAUCCUGAUUCGUUUGUAGGUAAGUUGAGUCUCGGUAAGCUUUCACUUUCACUUUCUUCAACUUCAAUCAAGACAAGUAAUGACAAGUUGAUUCGGCUGAUUCGGGUUCGGCUUCGCCUUCGGCUUGUUUGAAAUGAAAAUGGUUUUGUUUGUACUAGUACUAGUACUAUUUAACAUAACUAGUACAAUUAGUAUAACUAGUACUAGUAACACUAGUAUCAAUGACUCCAAUGAGAGCGGUCGUGGUUAGGUUAGUUGUGUCGUACUAUAAUAUGAUACUACUUACUACAUGGACUAUGACUGUCACUAUGGCAUGAACUAUCAAUCAGUCAAUGGCAAGGAUGAAUAGAAAGGGGGACAAGAAACAUCUUUUAUCUGACUCCUGUUUCCACUUUAAAUUCAUCUGUGAGUCUACCUUCAUGUACCACCCUGCAUGACAUUUCUUCAUAAGAACUCUGCAUGCUCCUGACCAGUUGUCCUGGUAACCCAUAAUGCCAGAGAAUUUGCCACAAGUUUGUCGGUCCAUGUUAUCUAAUGCCUUUUCGUACUCUAUGAAAUUUAGAUAUAGGCAUAGGGGAGAGUUGCAUUUGAUGGACUUUUCUACAAUGAUUCGUAGUGUUGCAAUUCGAUCUGUGCAUGAUGUUUCUAAAGAAGACAGCCUGUUGAUCUUGUAGAUGGUUCUUCAUUCUGUUCAAAAUAUUUCUGUUAAAGACCUUUCCUGGAACAGACAGCAAUGUAUUUCCUCUGUAUUUCCUCUGUAGUUUAUGCAGUUCCUGAGAUCCCCUUUCUUUGGUAUCUUAACAUGGUAUCAUUCUUUACAAUUAUUUGGAACUCUCUCUUCUUCUCAUAUUUUUUCAGACUAAUUGUAUUAUAUCCGCUCUCAUCAUCUCUGUUUUGAUGUUGUCAGGUUCAGAUGCUUUCCCUAUUUUGAGCUGUUUGAUAACCAGGUCUAUUUCUUACUUAUUUGGGGCACUGUGCAAUAUUUGUAAAUCUUCAUUUGCUGGUUGUAUAUCUGUAUGAAGUAUUCCACCCAACUUCUUUGUUGUUCUUUUUGUUAUUGAUAUACCUUCCUUGUCUUUAACUGGUCUCUCUGGCAGGUUGUAUCUUCCUGAGAGCUUUCUAGUUAUAUCAUAGAGCUCUUCCAUUUUUACCUCUAUGGCUGCUUUUUCUGCUGUUGACGCUAGACCAUCUUUUUAAGCACUUUUAUCCAUUUUAUGCUGUUCUUUACCCUUCGAUUUGCUUCUUUAUAUUUCUUUUGUGCUUUUGUUUUCACUGCAAUGGUGCAGCUGUUGUUAACUGCACACUUUAUUUCUUUCCUCUAGUUUAUUUUAUGCAAUGUGUUGAGUGAGAGCCAAUCUUUGAGUUUUUGCUUCGUCCCCACUUUCGUCCCGACCAGACAACUCCCUUGACAGUGGGAGGAUGUAACGCAACACCUUCCCCCUGGAGAGGAAGGAAAGCCGUUCUGACCCAAAGACAAUGGACCGCGAACGCUUUAAGCGAAGCGUUUUCAGUCGACCGGAAGUCUGCCAGUCUUUGGCCGUUUUCAUUUCUCUCUCCUAUACCAUGGUGCCCCAUAAGUUAUGCUAAGUUGGCUUUCUUGAUAAUUUCUCGAUUAGUUAGAAAACCCAUACCAGUGUUAUUGUUAAUUUUGCACUGUACAAUAGACAUGUGACAUAGCACUUAUAAUGAAAAGUAUAAAAGACAUAUCAAAAUCCUUUAUUGAAUUAGAAGACGCAUCUUUACAAGCAGGGCUGGAAGUUAACAACCAAAAAACAAAAUACAUGUCCAUGAUAAGAGAGGAACAAACAGAUGAAACAAUUAAAAUUAGAAACCAAACUUUUGAAAACGUAAAUCAAUUCAAAUACCUAGGAUCUUUGUUAAAUGAAAGAAACGAAUUACUAACAGAAAUAAAAGAAAGAAUAUCAGCCGGAAACAGGGCAUACUUCAGUAGCCAGAAAAUACUCAAAAGUAAGAACAUUACAAGAGAAACAAAGAAAACUAUUUAUAAAAUUGUGAUCAGACCAGUUGUAACAUAUGCAAGUGAAACUUGGACCCUAACAAAAACAGCAGAAAACCUAUUCAACACAUGGGAGAGGAAAGUUCUCAGGAAAAUAUAUGGGCCAACAAAGGAUGAAUAUGGAUGGAGAAUACGAACCAACCAGGAAUUAUACAGUCUAUAUCAGGAUCCCACGACAGUGGCAGAAAUAAAAAGAGGCAGGCUACGCUGGGCAGGACACCUAGAGAGAAUGCCAAAUGACAGAGGAACAAAGAGGGUACAUCACCAAUACCCCAGAGGAAAAAGGCUCAAAGGCAGACCUAGGCUUAGGUGGAUAGAUGAUGUAGAAAAAGAUCUACAGCAGCUGAAAGUCCAAGCAUGGAAAAGAAAGGCAUUAGUUAGGUCUGAGUGGAAGGAAGUGGUGAGGCAGGCCAAAGCCCUACAUGGGCUGUAGCGCCACAGGGAUGGAUGGACAAUAGACAUGAUUGGAUUGAAAUUUGUAAAUAAGAUUUCUCCCCUGGUAACUUUAUCCGCUUAUUUAUCUACUAUGGGACUGAGAAUAAAAAUGUCUUAAUUAAUAGAGGUAAAAUUUCCUUUCUGGCCUUAAAGUUUCCUUAAUGCAUAUUUGUUUUAAAAUGUUCUUUAAUGUCAUAAGAGCCUGAAGCAAGCACUUAAUUUUUUUUUGCAAAGGGAAUGCACUAAUCCAAUUGAUAAGUAUUGAUAUUUCCAGGGUACUCUUCAGACACUAAUCACUUACUAAGAAACUUCACCAGCUCGAGUCUUAAUUCCAACUUUCUUUUUAAAAAAUCAGCCUAAAGCUAGAAGUUUCCACCUGGAAAAUAACAUAAUAAAUAAAAAAGAAUAUUAAUAUACAAUUCUCAGUGAUUUCGGCACUAAAUAACACAUACUUAUAAAAUGAAGAAGAUUGCACCGGGGAACUCGCUUUUAGUAUUAGAAAGGGUUAAGAUGUUAAGUUAAGCCAUGCCAUAAAAAUUAAUAUGAUUUAAACCGUACAGGUUGGCGUGUAUGACUACAUGCCUAAAAAUUGUAAAUCUUAAUUACCAGUCCAUACUUAUUCUUUUAUUUGCAAUAUUUUUAUUCAUUUUACAGCUUAUAAUUACAUAUUUUUAUGCUUUGAGAUUUUAGAUAGAAGAUGUUCAUAUAUUUUCAGCUUUCACAUGGUGAUAGUAUGAGCAAAUAAUAUUAUAAUGAAAAUCAUAAUUAGUAUUUUUUUCCCCAGAAAUAUGGUACCAAGUAUUUCUCUGGGCCCUGUUUUCUUCUCUGUUUGUUCACAUUGUGGCAGCUCUUAUCGCAUUCCUGAGAUUACGAAAGCAUCGCAUAGGUCGCUGGAUUCCUUUAGCCAUAAUUGCAAUGGGGGUUCUAUCCCCUUUAACUGGAGGUGUUGUCAGCAGUAAGUUAUUCAUUUCAAUGUUUUUAACUUUAGAGUAAAUUAGAGACUUAGGUGUUUUUUUAGAGUAUCCUGUAUGCAGGACUGGUAUUUGGUUCAGGCAAAGCAGGCAACACUAAACUGCCUGGAUGUCCAAAUUCUAGGGACAUCGUUUUGAUCCCAAUUGUUUAAACAAAAAAAAAUCACAAAAAAAAAAGUAUUAUACAAAUACCAGUAAAUAUAACUCAGUGAUAGCCUGAUAAAUGCCAUCAUUACUUCAGUGAUUUAAUUUAAUAUAAACAUAUGCUCUCAAUUAUGAACUAUUUCUAAAGCUCUGUUUUGAAAACAUUCCAUAUUUUGAACAAUAGCUGGUUAAUGAUAAAGCUUAUUUCCUUUAAAAGACAAGUACAAUAUAGGGUGGUUAACAACAUAAAGUGAAAAAUAGACAAUAAUAAAAUUCAAACAUGCUUUAAUUUUCCUUUUCAUGCAAGUGAUACCUGAGCAAAAUGUCAGCUAAAAUGCAAUUCAUUAAUACUGUCUCAGAGUCCUCUCCAAUUAGCACUAUUUUCUUUUAAAAAAAGUGCUUUUCCCUAUUCAAAAGAGGAUUAGGUUUUAGGAGUUCUUAAUGUUGCUAGAGCAUCAGGAGAAAAUAAGUCAGUCCGUAUCAAGUGGGAACUUCAGAAUAAAGUGUUCUGUAAUGUCAUUUGCAACAACAGCUGCCAACACAGAACAGCUGAAUGGUGCUUAUAUUUUUUACUGAUUAAAUUUAAACUGAACAAUAUUUUACGAUGUUUGCCAUGCAGACAUCAUGCUCUAGAAGUUCUUUGUGGAGAUAUAUCAAAUCCUUAUUUGGUUUAACAUAAGCAUCCAAUCUAUUGAUUUUUAGGAGAUUUCAAGAACCAUAUAGAAACAAAUCAAAUUAUGAUACAUGUGAACAUAUUAGGCAAAAACUAAAUGGAAAUAUUGGUGCUUAAAAAUCAGGCAAUUGAUUUUGUAUUAGUAGUUGUGCAAAAUGAGUAUAAUAUUAACAAUACUAUAUCCCAAGAUUACUGUCUUGAGCUGUUAGAGCUUACACUUUUCUUAGCAAAAGAACCCCAACAUGGAAUACGGUUUUGUGCUCCUGGUGCCCACCACCAUGCUGAUUGGAUGUCAAAGCUGCUGUAUGUGCUGAAAGUUUACAUAUUUCAAAACCAAUUUUCAAACAAAAAACAUGGAGAAGUCUUGUCUGGAAUUAAGUUUCUUCAUAGCACUAAUAUAUUUUCAGCACCGGAUGACAUGUCCAGAUUCUUCUGAUGCUCCUUUUAAUAAUCUCAAUUUUAUAUUAUCACUGCAACAUUACCAGUUAUUGUUAAUACUAGUACACUUCAAAUGCUGUUUCCAGAUCCUGAUCAAAUGCAAUUGGUUGUUAUUUAUGGUACUUGAGUUAGGAAUGGGUGCUGUUAGCCUUUUCUUUGAGUAGACCUUGAAACAAAGCAAGAAAUGGUGUUACAUUUCACCAGAACUGCUUCCAAUGAAGAUGUUAAACGAUCAACACAAUAUACUGGCAAUGAUUAUACAAAGAACAAAACAUUAGAUAUGUUUGCUGGUCCAUCCUCUUCUCUCUUCUUCUAAAUUUUUAAUCUUGGAUACCACCUUCCUACAUGAAGACAUUUGUACCAGGAACAAAAUCAGCCCUUAAUGUACAAGCCAAGACAGUUGCUUGAUCACUCACAUUUUUAAAUGACAGUGCAGAGAUAGAGGAAUAGCACCUGCAACUACUUUCAGCACUUCCAUAACCAAGAAUGGGGAUUAGAAACAAUGUUUCCUUCAGUUUGUUGCAGCCACCAAAGAUGUUAUCUAUAAGUACUAAAACAUACCAAAUCAGUAAUUAAAUCUGUAUAUUUGCAGCAAUAUUGUCAUUAACAUUGCAUACAUUUCUGAGAUGACUAGUUUUUUGAAACAUACUUUUAAAUGGGCUACAUCAUAUAAAACAUUAAGUCCUCUAAGCAGUAUCGGCAGUCAGACUUUUUGAUUUGAAAUUUGUGUUAAUUUUUCACUAAAUGGUAUUUUAAAAAAAAUGUGGUGCACUCUUGUUAUCAUUUCCUUCUGUAGUAUUAUUAUUCCCUAAUGGACAACCAACCCCUUAUCCUGCUGUAUCCCUUCAAAAGAUUCCGAUGUCUCAUUUUUUUUAUGGACAUCCUCAAAUUCUUACUGCUGCAAGUCAUUUUAAGUCAAAUUUGAUGAAUUAUUGUAAAUUUGCAGACAUUUGGCAACCCUACUUUGUAGAUAAGUGGUUAUUUCCAACUGCUCUUAGUCCCACCUCAGCCCUGGGGCAGCCGAAAAUUUUGCUCCCCUUCCCUUUGUUUUCCCAUGAAAAAGACUCUGCAGUUGACCGAAAAAUCCCCCUCCAUAUAAAGAAAAAAGUGUUGCCCAGACAGACUACCUCCACCGCCCCCAACCCCCUUUUACACAACUGAUAUUUGUACGGGAAGUUUGUUAAUAUUUGUUUUUCUGUAUUUCUUUCUCUGUUGUUCAGGUGCAGCCAUUGCUGGAGUAUACAGAGCCUCAAACGUUGCAAUGAUGCCAUUCUAUGCACUGGUAUGGGGUGUGGGACAGACACUCAUAGUCAUCAUUAUAUCUUUCAUGAGGAUCCUGGCAACAUUGUGACCUGAAGUGUGUUUGUGUUAGUUCAACCUAAGACAUACUCAUACAUGCCCGAUGCUCAUGAACACAUUGAUAGUAAUGGGGAAGCAGAUGGUAAUCUACUUACACCAACUUCAGACUUGUGUGUCUUUCAAUGUAUAGAAUUCUGCUCUUCUGGAAAAAAAAAAAAGAGUUAGAGAAUUUUUGGAGACACUGCGAGAGAACUGUCGAGGACAGUAUUAUCAUUUAAAAAAUGUGGUAAACAAACCAGCAAUCACUAGCAGUUUCAUGAAAACCCUCAUCACCUGUGUACCGUAUUACAGGUGGGUAAUGUUCUUGUGACGUUUCCCUGAGCAUGUAAAUUCCUUGAAAUAAGAAAUUUUAUUUCAAAUGUAAUUGAAGUACCGGUAUUUAUCAUUUUUAUUUUGAAUGUUAAAUGUGGUUAAAAUAACAGGUUUGAUGCCUGAUCAUUCAGUUGCUUAUUUUAGAUUUAAGCUGCCAUUGUCAAACUUUUCAAUAUUAGCUUAAGUGAGGGCCAAUCGUAUAUUUUGUACUCACCAGGGCUGCCUACUCAAUAAAAUUAAAUUUACUGACAAAUAUUCUAAAAUCUUCAACAAUUUUGUGGACAAACUUGAUACCUCACCACUGGCCCGAGCAACAGUAAGAUUUAGCCUAGUGACCACUUUAAUCCAUCCUUUGAAACCAAGUUUUUUUUUUUUUUAACUUUAUUUAUAAAUUGUCACUCAAGAUACAAUAAAUGCACUGACUUUGAUAUUAGCUGCACCAAGAAGCAAAAAAGGAAGAAAACCUGAUCCAUAAUUUUUUAACUUGGUUUACAGUGAUAACUUUAUAUAUGUAUGACCCCUUAACUGUGAUCUCCUUCACUCUGAUUAUCAGUAACAUUAGUUACAAGCAGUUCAUAGAACAGUUAUUUGUGAAAAAUUUUAGAUACCGUAACACUUUACAGGAAAUUCAGAAGGAAAUGAAAUCUGAAUUUAGCACAAAUUGUAUUUAUUGAACUGAAAUAUUUAAUGCAAUUUGUAUAUCAUGGAUUUAUUCCUGAAGCUGGGUCUUAUAUAUUAUAUGUAAUUGUACUAUUUUUGAACAGCCAGCUGGUUUUUAAUCCCAAUCCAUGCUGGCUGAUGUUAUGACUUUUGAGGUUUUUUUUUAAAGUAAGGGUGUAAUUUCUUUAUUAUAAGGAUAGCUGUUUUACUUGGCUAAUAAAACUAUUCCAACCAGCAAUUUACCCACAGCCGUUGUCAACCUUUACAAACAAGAAUUCGCAUUCUUACCACUAUGCCAUAGGGCUGAUUGAAAUAAUGGUGUUUGAGAUUAUGUUGAAGGCUAAGCUCUUCUGUUCAUUAAUUUGUGUAAAGUACUUGUAAAGUUAUUGUAUAUGAUUUUAUAAAAUGUAAUAAUAUUAAUUUCAUUAAUGAGAGAUUUUACUUUGCCUAUAAUUGUUACUAUUUGGUAUAAGAAUAGUACCUGCCUACAAUUGCUGCUAUAUGGUAUAAGAAGAGUACCUCAUAACCCUCUUUCGCAGGGGUGUCAAACUCAAUCGCUCGGCGGGCCAAAACUCAAACCACAUGUAAGGUUGUGGGCCGAACAGGAUCAACUUUCAAUAAGCGGAAAAUUAAUCUUUUUAAAAAAAAAACAAAACAUUUAUAUAAAUGAAAACAGAAAAAAGUUUUAAGAAUUAAAAAUCAUUGGCAUACCCAUUUUCGUUCUUAUGCCAAUUUCUCAGAGCUGCAUGUUUGGCUCAUUUUCUUGGCUACAAAAGUUCGUUGGGAGUAAAGUUCUGUGUCAUUGAGAUUGAUAUUUUCUACCCAUCAUGCUCAAGGUUCGAGCCGCGUGUACACAAAGCUGGGGCAUCUCUUAAGAAUGAAACGAGUGAAUUGUGCAGGCCCCGCAGUGUCAUAGUUUGCAUUUAGUGUUCCAUUACACUGCAGCUCUAUUAGCUCCUUCUGCAAUUUUACAGGUGUAGUUUCCUUGUCUAUGACAAAUAGCUUACGAAACAGCUCGAAAUUACAUUUCAGUGCUUCAAAGUCACUAAAGCCCUGUGCGAACUCAGCCCGAAGUAAGCCAAGUUUUUCAGCAAAUUGUGCAUUGGGAAACACCAUAGUGUUGACGUAGAUAUAAUUGUACGCCGGUCAAGACCACGCGGGCUUUGAGUUUGACACGUGCUCUAUUAUAACCAGUAAGGGUGUGU